GUUUUUCAGUUUCUUUCGUUGUGUGUGCGGUGGUGUUAAAGAGACGACUCAGUGUUGGAGGUUUCACCGGCCAAUCAGAUGGCGCUUUCUGCAUGAAUAUUCAUGAGCCUCCACUUACGUUACUCCAGUCCAGUAGGUGGCGGUAAUACACCAUAUCUUUGGUUGGUCAGCCCUGACUGUAGCUCACAAAAUGUGAUUGAAAUGUCCGUGUCAAGAUUCCCACCUGCUACAUUAAACCUCAAACAGUUUUUGCAGAGACAAAAAGUUUUAGGUUUGUACCGUAAUAUGUUAAGGACAAUCCGCCAAGUUCCAGAGGAAGCAGAUCGUAAAUAUCUGAAGGACUGGGCAAGAGAGGAGUUCAAGAGGAACAAGGAGGCCACAGAUCAGGACGCCAUCCGGAUGAUGAUCACGCAGGCCAACAAUCACCUCGAGGAGCUUAAGAGGUCCCUCGCUCUGGCUGGAAGGUGACCGGAUGCGGCUGCAGGCUCCCGUGCGAGCGAUCUCGGCUUCGGCGCUUGAUGGUGGCCAGGAGCGUCGCGAAUUUCCUCGCCUCCGUUCGCCUGAUCGUAUUCGCUCGCCCGAGCAGAGAAAUCAUCCGAUUGGUCCGCGCGAGUUUUCGCGAUAAUUACGUGAGCGCUCCCAGUCUCACACGGAGUGCGCUGUGAGGUUUUUACCGCAAGCAAGCAAGCCCAAUAAAUGUAGCUUGUAUUUCAAACUCAAACGAUGACGAUUGCAUCCUUUCCUGUGUCGUUCUUGAGAGCAUGUUGAUGUCUUGCACUAAAGAAUAAACCCUGAAACUGAUGAAAGAAUGACUGACGGGACACUUUUUGACACUAAUUUGUACUAUAAUGCGCUACAAAAGAGACGUGAAGGAGAAGGUAAGCGGAUAACAGACGGAUCCACGUGGCUGGUGACGAUGGAGGAGUUUCUCUGGCUCCAUUUCGCUGUAAUCGUUAAUGAAAGUAGAGUAAAACGGUCCAUCAAGGAACGACCGAAGUAGUCGAAUUUUUUUAAAAAAAUUAACGCAUAUUCAGGCCAAGACGCGUCAUGUGACAUCAUUACGACGCGCGUUCGGUCAAAGCCCUCUUCGAUUCAUCUGCGUCGAACACGAGUACAGCUAAAAGCCCUCGUUUACCAACACAUCACCGCGAAAGUGCGAUCUCUUCAAGUAGUUCUCCCUCAAACAAAGCACAAGAAGAACGCCACAAAUUGCAUCUCAAAUUCUGAAAAAAGCCGCAGUGAAUUCAAACACUUUUGGACGCAACGAUGACGACAAACUCUGUACGGACUGAUUUAAAAAGAAAUAAAUAAAGAAAUAAAUACACAAAGCACAGUGAACGCUGUUAAUGCAGCCCAAAAAAAUAAAUAAAAGCAGUAAGCCACUUUAGCCUUACGUCUGGGACAAGAGUGCAUUGUAAACUGCUUUUGUACAUUAAAAACAAAAAAAAAAGCACACACAAUUAAUCAUCAUAUCAUAUUUAUUGAACAUAAAAAAACUAAACGCAUUGAUAUUAAUUAUUCCACAUCAGCGACUGAGGAGAAAUCUGAGGAGGGUUUGGUAUGAUUAGUAUGCCGUGUGAUGCACAGGGGGUCACAAAAGUCUCCAUACGUAGAGGAAAUUAAGACAUUUAUUGACUUAUUUAUUUAAUUUUUUAAGCAAAAUAUCUCCGGGGUUCAAUUCCCGCCUCCGCUCUAUGUUCUCCCCGUGCUUCAGGGGUUUCCCCCGGG